AUCUUUUGACAUAGCAAAACCUAGCGAUGCGAACGAGCAGCGUGAAGACGACUUGAAUUUUUGAAAUUUUUCUUUUUUAAAGAUAACGUCAAUAAUUCAUAUUACACCUUUGAUGGCGCUGUGCUAUCUAAAUUUGUACUCGCGUAAUUUGUGUUGAAAAUAAAUUAACCCGGAAGUUUGAUGAAGCGAAAUGUUUGUAAAUAUACAGUAGUGUUAGUAUUUGAUGCGAUAAUAAAAUUUAACGCCGUGGCGGUAUAAUUUUUAGUGGAAAAUAAAAUGGGCAAAUGAAUAAUACUAAAAGAAGUAACAAAAAAAAAAUAUAAAAGAAAUAAUGACACGUAAAUGAAAGGAUUUGAUAACUAUAGUUGUCAAAAAAAAUAUAAAAAAUAAAAUAUUAACAUAUUAAUAUUUGUAAUAGCGAAAAUAUUGCAUAUUACAAAAGCACUUUCAAAUUUAAUUAAAAAAAAAACGAAAAUGAAACGUCUUCAAGAGGAGAGUGAAUAUUUCGGUACGGGUUCAACCCUAACGCCCGAAAUGUUGCUGACAACUUCCGAGUCAUCAACGUACAGCGCCUCCGAGGUGGCCGGCCGUCUACAGGUCGACACACGUACCGGCCUCAAAUGGACCGAGGCCAAAUAUCGUUCGAAAAUUAUAGGUCACAAUGAAUUGAAUGUGAAUGAAGAGGAUCCCACAUGGAAGAAAUAUAUUGAACAGUUCAAGAAUCCGCUCAUUCUGCUUCUGUUGGGUAGUGCGCUGGUUUCGGUGAUAAUGAAACAGUACGAUGAUGCUGUCAGCAUAACGAUAGCCAUAAUCAUUGUGGUAACGGUCGCUUUCAUACAGGAGUAUCGAUCGGAGAAGAGUUUGGAAGAGUUGAAGAAGCUGGUGCCACCCGAGUGCCAUUGCCUGCGAGAAGGACGACUCGAUACGUUUUUGGCCCGUGAGCUAGUGCCCGGCGAUGUGGUGUAUUUGAAUGUGGGCGAUCGUGUACCAGCCGACAUUCGACUUUUCGAAGCGAUCGAUCUAUCGAUCGAUGAAUCGAGUUUCACCGGUGAAACAGAACCGGGGCGCAAGAGCACAGAACUCAUUUUGAGCAGCGCGACCAAUAAAGAUCACACGAAUAUGAAGAACGUCGCUUUUAUGGGCACCCUAGUGCGUUGCGGCAACGGCAAAGGUAUUGUGGUGAGCACUGGUGAGCGCAGCGAGUUUGGCGAGGUCUUCAAGAUGAUGCAAGCCGAGGAGGCGCCGAAAACACCGCUACAGAAAUCGAUGGACAUACUCGGUGCACAAUUGAGUUUCUAUUCGUUUCUCAUCAUUGGCGUGAUUAUGUUGUUGGGCUGGUUGCAAGGCAAACCACUAACCGAAAUGUUCAAUAUCAGCGUUUCCCUGGCAGUUGCGGCCAUACCGGAAGGUCUACCCAUUGUGGUUACAGUCACGUUGGCACUCGGUGUGAUGCGUAUGGCCAAACGAAAUGCUAUCGUCAAAAAAUUGCCUACCGUAGAGACGCUCGGUUGCGUGAAUGUCAUUUGUUCGGACAAAACGGGUACGUUGACGAAAAAUGAGAUGACAGCGACUGUCAUCAUCACAUCAGACGGUUACAUGGCCGAUGUCACUGGUGCCGGUUACAAUGACCAAGGCGAGAUACAUAUACGCAAUUGCAAUAAUGUUGAAAUGGCUAAGGCAAACAUCACCAACUUGCUCGAAAUAGGUGCGGUCUGCAAUAACGCCUACAUACAAAAUGGCACACUGCUCGGCCAGCCCACAGAGGGUGCACUCAUCGCUGUUGCCAUGAAAAACGGCAUGUAUGCCACAGCGGAAAACUAUGUGCGCAUACAAGAGUAUCCAUUCUCCUCCGAACAGAAAAUGAUGGCUGUCAAGUGCAUACACAAAUACAAUAAUAACAAGGAGGAAAUUUUCUUCGCCAAGGGGGCGUUAGAAAUGCUGUUGCCGCAGUGCACGAAAUACAUGUUUGGCACGCAGACAGUGCCGUUAACAAAGCAAAAUGAAGCGGAAUUCCUAGCGGAGGCCUACGAAAUCGGGCGAAAGGGUUUGCGUGUGCUGGCAUUGGCCAAAGGACGCAGCCUACAGGAUCUAAUCUAUUGUGGUCUCGUGGGUAUCACUGACCCGCCGAGACCAUUGGUGCGCGAAUCCAUUGAGAUGCUGAUGCAAAGCGGUGUGCGUGUCAAGAUGGUAACUGGAGAUGCACAAGAGACAGCCAUGGCAAUUGCAAAUCUUAUUGGCAUCGAUACAAUUCACCAGCAAACGCUUUCCGGUCAAGAGAUGGAUCAACUUAAUGAGCACCAAUUGGACAAGGUCGCCAAUAAUGUGAGCGUUUUCUACCGCGUCACGCCACGUCAUAAGCUGGCGAUUGUGAAAUCACUACAACGCACUGGAAAUAUUGUCGGCAUGACAGGCGACGGUGUCAACGAUGGCGUCGCACUGAAGAAGGCUGAUAUUGGCAUAGCUAUGGGUAAAAACGGCACCGAUGUCUGCAAAGAAGCCGCCGAUAUGAUACUGGUCAAUGAUGAUUUCCACACCAUAAUUGCUGCCAUCGAGGAGGGCAAAGCAAUCUUCUACAACAUCCGCAAUUUUGUGCGUUUCCAACUGAGUACUUCGAUCGCCGCUCUUUCGCUGAUCGCCCUCGCUACUCUUAUGGGCAUCGCCAACCCACUGAACGCUAUGCAAAUCCUUUGGAUUAACAUUAUUAUGGAUGGACCACCAGCGCAAUCGCUCGGCGUCGAACCGGUUGACCACGAUGUACUCAAGCAAAAGCCACGUAAUGUCAAACAACCUAUGAUUACGAAAUCGGUGAUUGUGAAUGUGUUGCUCAGCGCCAGCAUCAUUGUGCUCGGCACGCUUUGGGUGUUUCAGCGCGAAAUGGCCGACGGCACAAUGGGCAAAACGAAACGCGACACCACCAUGACAUUCACAUGUUUUGUCUUUUUCGAUAUGUUCAAUGCAUUGGCAAGUCGUUCGGCAACGAAGAGUGUCUUCAAGAUAGGCUUAUGCACGAACAAAAUGUUCCUUCUCGCUGUUGGUUUCUCGAUUAUCGGACAAAUGUUGGUCAUCUAUUUUCCGCCGUUACAAAUGGUAUUCCAAACGGAAGCGCUCUCCGCCUAUGAUAUACUCUUUUUAGUCUCGCUCACGUCGUCGGUGUUGAUCGUGGCGGAGAUUAAAAAGUGGUUCGAACGCACUAUGGAGCGUAAAAUGUACAAGACUCGCUCCGAGUUGGAUUUCGUAUGACAAAACGCAAGCGCUGGAAGAAAAUCGUCAAACGUAAAGAAUGAUUAAGCUUAGCAAAAACACACAAACCACAAACAAACAAACAACACGUAGCAAGGAGUAUGAUGAUGAUGAUGAUGGUGGGGAAGGACGAAAUGGGUGGGUGGGCGUAUCUACGAGGAUGGUGGUUGGAAAUGGGGCUAAAAGAAUAAAAGUUAAAAAAAUGAAAAUGUUUAGGGUAUAUUGGGCGUAAUUUUAAGGUAAAGCAACAUGAAGUAAAACAAGAGAGAGCAAACUAAUACAUACAAUAAUUUAAAUGUCGAUUGUAUCUGUCUUUGUAUGGUUUACUUUACUUUCUAAUUACUUUGUAUUUAAGCGCAUUAAGCGGAUGGAUGUUAAAGAAAAAAGAAAACUAUUAAGUUAUCUAGCUAGCAAAAGUGGAGAGCGAAUUAAAAGAAGAUGCAUGAAAAAACAUAAAUAGCUAAGGUGGAGAAAUGGGCCGAAGAGUCUUGAUAAUAUGAGUAGUAAGAAGAGAGUAGUGCGAUUGAUAUAAGGCGCUUUGGUUGAAAAUUUCGGGCGGCGAAAAAAGUUCUCAAAAGCGAAUAUUUUAUUUCAUUUUCUUGUGUAAACCAUAUUUGGAACGGCGAAAAAAGUUCUCUUUCUUGGGUAAAACACAUUUGUUUACGAUUUUUUUGAGUUAUUUAUAAUUAGAUUGCGCUAUGCCUAUAGAAAGUGGUAGCAAGUUUUUGUUGUUUUUUUGUAAUUUGAGUAAACAUUCGCUCUCUAUUCAAUUUCAUCGCUACUUAUUGAAUGCUUUAAUUUUUAGUAGUUUGAUUUUGCUUUACAAAAGUUUAAUUUUGUUCUAAUAAUUUGCAAAAAAACGCAGGGUCUGUCUAAAAAUGUUAAAUUAUUAUCAAUAAAAUUAAUUAAUAGAUACUACUUGGCAAUACCUAAAGGGCAGGUCAAAUGUUUUUUUAUUUUUGUAUUCAUUCCCAAUGUUUUCAGCACUCGUUGUAAUGUGUAAAAUGUGCCUGAAAAAGGCUUAGCAACAUGCUGUCGUUAAUGGUACCCGGCAUUGCUUUCUAAAAUAAUUUUUAGCAGUAUUUUAUAACUUACGCGCAAGCGAAAGCUCCACGUAGCGGUUGCUACCAAAUAUGCUGCAAACAACAUUUUUUUAAGACAUAAUUUCAAUUGUGUCUAUGCAUGCCCGAGUUAAUGUCAGCAUGCUGCAGACACAACUUUUGCAAUUUGAUUGCAUCAAAAAGAAAUGUUGCGCAACAUUGCUGCCAGAGUCUCAUGUUUUCAAAACAUUAGCUUUGUUGCUGUUAGAAGCAAGAGUCACAUGUGAAAUGCUACGCGUCAUUGUUGCGCAGCAUUGCUGCCAGAGUCUCAUGGUUUCAAAACAUUAGCGUUGUUGCUGUUAGAAGCAAGAGUCGCAUGUGAAAUGCUGCGCGUCAAUGUUGCCAGAGCCUGAUUCUUCCAAAACACUGUUAGAAACAUGAUCCACAUGUGAAAUGUUAAAUAGUCAAGUUGCCGGCAACAUCAAAGUUAUAAACCUAUUCGAAAGUAGUAAAAUUUUCAGCCGGCGCACAUUUUUGCUAUUUAUUGCCUCUUUUACGCUUCACUGAGCCGCGUGAAAUUCGCUUUGCGUAGAACCUGCUUCAUAUAAUGUUUAAUUGUUCUUUAUUUUUAUAAAAAGUUUUAAAAUAUUUUUGCGCCAUGUUGCGCAUCUGAGUUGAUUUGACAUUUUCUGUUUUUUGUUUUGUUGUAAUUAAAUAUCUUUAUUUAAAAAAAACACUUCUCCGAAUUGUUAACUGCUUGCUUCGUGGUACAAGUUUUGUUUGCUGGUCACUUUCAUUACUUUAUUUGAAAAUCAACAAAAAAAGUAAAACUCCAAAAAAAAAACAAAAAAAAAAUACGUACUCUCAUUUGUGCUUAAUUUUUAUUUAAAGUUCUAUGCAAAAUAUAUAUUUUAAAAUUAGCUGUAUUCAUAUAUUAUUUAUAUCUAAUUUCACUUUGUAAUUUACUUUUAAAAUUUUCGCACAAUUCCGUUGAAUGAAUAGCUUAAUUUGUAUUGAGUUUGCUUGGAAUCAUUUAUAAAAAAUAUGCCACAUACAAAGUUGAAAUACAGGGAUUAAUAUAUUAUAUUUUUAGCAAUUUUAAUUUUUAAUUAAAUUUAGUGUAAUUAUAUUAGGAGAUGUGUGUGCGCGCAUCUUAUGGAACAGGCAGUAUUUUUACAUCUUUGCUUUUCCUCAGUUCCUUAACUCAUGAAAGUGGUACACUGGUCGUCCACGAUUUCUCAUGUUUAUUCUAGAAUUAGAGUUCUUUUAUGAAUUUAUAAAUUUUGCGCUAUUUUUAAGAACUAAGUGCAGUAACCUAAAGCUAGCAAACUAAUUCCAAGUAUCUUUACACAUUCGAAUAUGCAACUAAAUAUUCUACCUAGUAAUUAAAUAUUAGUCAUAAAUUUCUACACAUUCUUGAAUGAGAUGAGAUGACAAUACUUUAAAUUGUAUUUGCAUUAGUAAAUAGUUAGGGUGUGUGCGUGCCACACUUUUUAAAAUAAGCAGCUGAAUGUUUCAUAUUUUUAAUUGUUGUGAUAUUAAAGUUAGUGCUCGAGUUUCUCGUUUCUUAAAUUAGUGAAUAACUCGAAAAUUGCAAAAAAAUUUCAGUGGCUUUUAGUUUUAUUUAAAUUAAUAAUUUACGUACAUUUUUAUUUUUAGUGUGUUUCGUUGCUUUAGUAAAUAUUUAGUGAUGAAUAAAAUAUGGAAAAAAUUAUA